CGAACAGAUCUCAGGAUGAUGGUUCCCAUUGUGGACCCAAUUAUGCGCGAAAAGCAGCUCCAGCAGGAGCUACUUCUGAUCCAGCAGCAGCAGCAAAUUCAGAAACAACUUCUGAUUGCGGAGUUUCAGAAACAGCAUGAAAACUUGACCCGACAGCACCAGGCCCAGCUCCAGGAGCACAUCAAGUUACAACAGGAACUCCUCGCCAUUAAACAACAGCAAGAACUCCUUGAAAAGGAGCAGAAACUGGAGCAGCAGAGGCAAGAGCAGGAGCUAGAGAGACAUCGCAGGGAACAGCAACUUCCUCCCCUCAGAGGCAAAGAAAGAGGCCGAGAAAGGGCAGUGGCAAGCACAGAAGUGAAGCAGAAACUUCAAGAGUUCCUGUUGAGUAAAUCAGCAACAAAAGACUCUCCAACUAAUGGGAAGAAUCAUUCCACGAGCCGCCACCCCAAGCUCUGGUACACGGCUGCCCACCAUACCUCACUGGAUCAAAGCUCUCCACCCCUGAGUGGGGCCUCUCCGUCAUACAAAUACACUUUACCAGGAGCACAGGAUGCCAAGGAUGAUUUUCCACUUCGAAAAACUGCCUCGGAGCCCAACUUGAAGGUGCGUUCCAGGUUAAAACAGAAGGUGACAGAAAGGAGAAGCAGCCCCUUACUCAGGCGGAAGGAUGGAAAUGUUGUCAGUUCAUUCAAGAAGAGACUGUUUGAAGUGACAGAGUCGUCAGUUAGUAGCAGUUCUCCAGGAACAGGACCCAGCUCACCAAGCAACGGCCCUACUGGAAGUGUGACAGAAAAUGAAACCUCGCUUUUGCCAUCUAAUUCUCAAGCUGAGCACUUGGUUUCACAACAACGUAUUCUGAUUCAUGAAGAAUCGAUGAACCUGUUGAGUUUGUAUACGUCUCCUUCUUUGCCCAACAUUACCUUGGGACUUCCAGCGGUACAAUCCCAGCUCAGUGCUUCAUCUUCACUCAAAGAAAAACGGAAGUGUGAGACCCAGACACUGAGGCAGGGAGUGGCUCUUCCUGGACUGUAUGGGGGAAACAUGCCUCCCUCUUCAGCUCAGCCUCAUAUUGCUCUAGAGGGAAAACCUAACAGUAGCCAUCAGGCUCUCCUGCAACAUUUGUUACUGAAGGAGCAAAUGAGACAGCAAAAGCUUCUUGUGACUGGAGGGGUUCCUCUCCAUCCACAGUCUCCAUUAGCAUCAAAGGAGAGAGUCUCACCAGGCAUCAGAGUUGCCCACAAGUUGCCUCGUCAUAGGCCCCUGAAUCGAACCCAGUCAGCUCCACUGCCUCAGAGCACUUUGGCCCAGCUGGUCAUUCAGCAGCAGCACCAGCAGUUCCUGGAGAAGCAGAAACAGUACCAGCAACAGAUUCACAUGAACAAAAUGCUCUCUAAAUCCAUUGAACAGCUAAAGCAGCCUGGCAAUCAUCUAGAAGAAGCUGAAGAAGAGCUUCAUGGAGAUCAUGCUAUGCAGGAAGAAAGAGCUCCCUCUAGUGGUAACAGCAUUAGGGAUGACAGCUGCAGCAUUUGUGUGGAUGACAGAAUAGGACAGCAUGUGGGGGCUGUGAAAGUGAAAGAGGAGCCACUGGACACUGAUGACGAUAAUCAAACCCAGCAAAUGGAAUCUGGGGAGCAGGCUGCUUUUAUGCAACAGCAGAUCCUGGAGCAUCAGCGUAUCCACCAGUUGCAAAUGUACCAGGCUCAGAUGGCUACAGUUGGCAUGGCAGGAUUAGAUAAACAUCGGCCUGUUUCCAGGACCCAGUCUUCCCCUGCUGCUUCCACAUUACCUCAUCCAGCAAUGGACCGGCCCAUCCAGCCUGUCUACAUGACUGGUGUUGUCUAUGACAGUCUAAUGCUGAAGCACCAAUGCAUGUGUGGCAACUACGCCAAUCAUCCUGAGCAUGCUGGAAGAAUACAAAGCAUCUGGUCGAGGCUGCAAGAAACGGGGUUGCUAAACAAGUGCGAGCGAAUUCGAGGUCGAAAAGCCAGUCUGGAGGAAAUACAGCUGGUUCACUCUGAACAUCAUUCACUGCUAUAUGGCACCAGCCCCCUGAACAGACAGAAGCUGGACCCCAGGAAACUCCUAGGCAGCGUGUCUCAAAAAAUCUUUUCCUUGUUGCCUUGUGGGGGACUUGGGGUGGACAGUGACACCAUUUGGAAUGAGCUGCAUUCGUCCGGCGCUGCACGCAUGGCUGUUGGUUGUGUCAUCGAACUGGCUUCCAAAGUAGCCUCUGGAGAGCUGAAGAAUGGUUUUGCUGUUGUAAGGCCCCCAGGCCAUCAUGCUGAAGAAUCAACAGCCAUGGGGUUCUGCUUUUUUAAUUCGGUUGCAAUUACUGCCAAAUACUUGAGAGACAAGCUAAAUAUAGGCAAGAUAUUGAUUGUAGAUCUGGAUGUUCACCAUGGCAAUGGUACACAGCAGGCUUUUUAUGCUGACCCCAGCAUCCUGUAUGUUUCCCUCCAUCGCUAUGAUGAAGGCAACUUCUUCCCUGGCAGUGGAGCCCCAAAUGAGGUUGGAAGAGGCCUGGGCAAAGGAUAUAAUGUAAAUAUUGCUUGGACAGGUGGCUUGGAUCCCCCCGUGGGAGAUGUAGAGUACCUAACAGCAUUCAGGACUGUGAUUAUGCCAAUUGCCAAUGAGUUUGAUCCGGACAUUGUCCUAGUAUCAGCUGGAUUUGAUGCUGUGGAAGGCCACGAUGCUCCAUUAGGCGGGUACAAAGUCACAGCUAAAUGUUUUGGUCACCUAACGAAGCAGUUGCUGAAGCUAGCAGCUGGCCGUGUGGUGCUGGCACUGGAGGGAGGACAUGACCUUACUGCCAUCUGUGAUGCAUCUGAAGCCUGUGUAAAUGCCCUUCUAGGAAAUGAGCUGGAGCCUCUCCCAGAAGAUAUGCUGCACCAAACCCCUAAUAUGAAUGCAAUGGCUUCUUUACAAAAGGCCACUGAAAUUCAAAGCAAGUACUGGAAGUCAGUGAAGCCGUAUCCUGUGCUAGUGGGUUGUGCUCUGGCUGAGACUCAGAAACAAGAGAGGGAGGAAACGGAGACUGUCUCUGCUAUGGCCUCACUGUCAGUGGAUGUUGAACAGUCUUUUUCUCAGGAAGACAGCAGGUAA